AUGAAGGUUAUUUACUUCCUUGUUAGCAUCUUGGCUUUGGCAUCUUCGGUUUCCUUUGCUUAUGAUCCAAGCCCUCUUCAAGACUUUUGUGUUGCAAUCAAAGAUCCCAAAGAUGGUGUAUUUGUUAAUGGAAAGUUGUGUAAAGAUCCUAUGCUAGUUAAAGCUGAAGAUUUCUUUAAACAUGUUGAACCUGGGAAUACUUCAAAUGCAUUGGGCUCUCAAGUGACUGCAGUCACAGUAGACCAACUAUUCGGAUUAAACACACUCGGUAUAUCUUUGGCUCGCAUUGAUUUUGCACCCAAAGGUUUAAACCCACCCCACACUCACCCUCGAGGCACAGAAAUCCUUAUAGUUCUCGAAGGUACUCUUUAUGUUGGAUUUGUCACUUCCAAUCAAGAUAAGAACCGUCUUUUUACCAAAGUGCUCAACAAGGGUGAUGUGUUUGUGUUUCCAAUCGGUCUCAUUCACUUUCAACAAAAUGUGGGAUACGGCAAUGCAAUUGCCAUUGCUGGACUUAGCAGCCAAAAUCCAGGAGUUAUUACUAUUGCAAAUGCUUUGUUUAAAUCAAAUCCAUCCAUUUCUGAUGAAGUUCUUACCAAAGCUUUUCAAGUGGAUAAGAGUAUAAUUGAUUAUCUUCAAAAACAGUCUUGGUAUGACAACAACUAA